GUCCGAUCCAAGGGAGCACAUUGCCGUCGAUCACAAAAAAAAAAAAAAAAAAAAAAAAACGCUUGGGCGACAUGAGUGUUGCCGCCGUGUCGCUUCCAGACUGGCGGUAUUUAGGGGCCGCCGUACAGCUGAAUAUUUCAACGAUGGUGGCGGGCUUACCUACUUUACUUCGCUAUCUGCCUGGUUUCACUCCCCCCUCCUUUUCUUGUUACUCCGCGGCGGCUUCCGAUUUCGGCGAUGUCUGGGCGCCUUGUCGACGCCACGAUUCGUAUGGCUUCCCGUUUCCCGCCGAGAAACAAAUGGACAGAUGUUCGGAGCUGAGCAGAUGGCUGUUGACAGAGGAGGCGCAUGGGUAGGACAGUAUUCACGUGAUUGUCCUGGUAGUCAUGGCGUUGUCCGUCACUAGCAUGCAAGCAAUGAUAAGUUUAGAGUAGGGUCAAUAUAUCAUAGCCAC